ACAUGAAUUGAUUAAAGGGUCGUACCGGUUUUGAUAAACUUUUGAGUUUGUAUUUUUAAUUGCCCACGUUGUGAUAACGUUAUAUUAUUUGAGGAUGAUUUGAGGGUACUCGUGUGUCUGUCGAUUGGAUAGUGAACUGGUUUUGUUAAGUAGUGAUUGGUUGAAUAUAUUGUUUUUGCAAAGCUAGUUUGAAAAUGUCAAUAUCAUGGAAUGUGUUUAGAUCUGUGAACUACAUCACAAUGUGUCUUGUGCGUACUUCAAAUAGAAAUAUACUAAAUGUACGUUUUUGUCCAAUAUUAAGAUUGAUUUCAUAUUCUCAGCCACAUUUUAAAGAACAGUAAGUGUGCAGUUCUUAACAUUUAAGAGGUAUGAGAUGACUUUCCUUAGAACUCAUGGAGAACCAAUUAAAGCAAAAUUUAAAGAAGGCGAUACUAUUUUAGAUGUUGUCGUUAAUAACAGUGUCGACUUGGAUGGUUAUGGAGCGUGUGAAGGUACACUAACAUGUUCCACAUGCCAUGUGAUAUUCAAGAAAGAGGACUAUGAUCGCCUGCCAGAAAAACCUUCAGAUGAAGAAUUAGACAUGUUGGAUUUGGCGUAUGAGCUCUCAGAUACGUCACGUCUUGGAUGUCAAAUAACUCUGUCCAAGGAUCAUGAUGGCUUAGAAGUGCGAGUACCAUCCACAAUCAACGAUGCUAGAGAAAGCUAGUAUAGGGAGAAUAUAAUUUUUUUUAAUGGUGCUCAAUUUCUGUACAUAUUAAGAGGCUGCAUGAUAAAAAAUGUUUGGGCUUUUUUUUUGGGGAGAUUUAAUGAUGUAAGAAAAAACUGUUGUUUUGCUUAAAAUUUAUGUUAUUAAAAUGUUAUUCUUAUA